AUGAGAACCAACAACCCCAGGGAAACCACACGCCCCGGUGGCCACUCGAGGGCAGGGUCGGAGGCAACAGCCCAGGAGUCAUCGGUUCCGAUAAGAGCUAGAGAAGAAGGGGCCGAUGCUGGUCCAAGCAGAGACUCAGUCAAGAAGUUGGACCAGAUCAUACAGAAUAUCUUCGCCAAGACCGGUACUUUGAUUCUGCAAGAGCGAAUGAAGGUGACACCAGUAUUGGUUGCUGGAACCAGAGAAAAGAAGAUCAGUAAAUGGUUCCAAUUAGACACCGAUGAGAUCGAAGAUUUCCGAGACGAGUUCCGGACAUGGAAGCAUUGCGGUGGUUUCGAGAACAGACCUCCUCCAAUCAUUAUUGAAACAUACCUCGACACAUCUCGAUUAAAAAGCGGACAAAGUCUAAUAAUAUUAGAUGAAAAUGGCAAAAGGUGGGAUGUCGUCGAGGCAAUGAAUUCAUCGGAUCUGUCGAGCGACAGCAGCAGCUCUGGCGGUCGCUCCUCCAAGAAGCCUAACACUCACUUGGUACUAGAAAGAUGGCGGGUCGAGCUCAAGGGAUCAAGUCCUAAUGACCCUGAAGAGUUUGGCCCACUAUUGCCGACCGUGUACAAGAAGGCCAUUAUCUUCAUCCGGUCCAUAUAUACGACGACUGGUAUACUGCCAACUUGGAAACUUGCCAGGAACUCGAAAACCAAAGGCUCACACCCUGCUCUGCAAAUCAAGUGCCGUGUCUUGUCGGCUGAGAGUCGUCCUUCGGGAUUCGAUGCAUUGCGCAGCCCUCUGUACGAGGGCAGAGGCGAUGUCUCAACCGAUUAUAUGUUCGGUCUGCUCGAGGUUCCAGUUGGCCGGUUUUACGCAUCUGUGUCCUAUCGAAAUAACUGCAAUUUUCAAGUGGUCGAAACUGAAUCGCUACUGAGUUCGCGGAUUGGACUGGCUAUUUCAGAUGACCUAUUCAAACCAUCAUUACCACAUCGUGGUGACAGUCGGCGUGACACCGCGGUAGAAAUUGGGUCGUUACCUUACCAUCGCCACGAGAUAGACAUAACUGAGAACCAACAGAGAUACGGAAGUCUCUCGACAUUUCACGGCGCGGGUCCUCACGGAACAAGUCCUAUAUCCGCUCUUAGAGCUAUCAAAUCGCCAGGUUCUGACACAACGUCACCUCCGCAGUCCCAGCCAGCAAGCGUUGAUGCACCCCCUCAUUCGCUCCCAAUUGCUGCUCCAGCAAGACCCCCCAUCAGACCAGAUGGGCGUGAUAGACGCCCGUCCGUGUCUUUUCAGCCGUUCAAGCAAGGGUCAUUGUCUCAGUCUCCGGUACCGCGGAUGCAAGAUUUCGAAAGGCCUGCCUCACCACAUUCACUAACCCGUGGCCCGGGAUUAAAUCAGCUCACACACGUCAGAAACCGGUCUUCUCUAACUGCUGGUAUGCCUGCCUCUUUACGUGGCGGCCCUCCACCCGCGGCUGCAGACAGCCCACUCGUUGGCUCACCUAAGCCUGGAUCCACGAAUCGGUUCAGUAGUAGCUUCACUCACCGCCGCAGCAGAGCAUCCUUUGGAGGUGCAAGCCGAGCCGGCGACGACGACCAAACGAGUAGUGGGAAGCAGAGCCUCGCCUCGUCUCUUGCGCAACCGGGCUCUGGCCUGCUGAACGAGGCCGGUGCAGGUGGUAGUUCAAGUUCUUUCCAGACAGACGACGACAACAUUCAAGAAUUCCUGAAGGCUCUGGAAAGCAAAAAGACUCUGCAGAGCUUCGAGCCGUCUAAGAGAGGCGAGGCGACUCGCAAGACUAAUGCCCAGCUGUCAAAAUUUCAUUUGAUGCGUGAGUCCAAUAAUGCUCUUACAGAUUCACUGAACUCGUCGAUGCAACUACACCGAUCAUCAAGCUCGUCCAGUAGGCAACUUGCCAAUGUGCCGGGCAUGUCGGUCUCGUCGUCCCCUGGCAAACCGCUUUCUCCCCACACGCCACAUACGCCGGCUGUACCGUCUCGCCUAAGCGAGAAUUCAAGUGUUGACUACGCUGCGCCCGCCCGAUCAGCGGCACGAGCCCGGACGGGUCGCUCAGUUGAGGCACCAACUAGUGUUCCUCCAACGUUGGAGGGUACCACUGCUAUUGAUAUUCCGUUGUCACCGAGACCAUAUCAACACGUGCGACGGUCAAGCUCAGCUGCGCAACCGCGUGUCCUAGCAGAUGACGAUGAUGCCCAUCGGAGUCUUAGUUUAGGUGCCGAUGAUCGCGAGCCACCGAGCCUCAGCGCACUGCUAGGACGACACGAAGCUCUUGAAGAUGCUGACGAGGCCGCGGACUCGCCUAUCCUGCAAGCUCCCGCUGACAUCAGAAGUGACGAAUCUGCAGAAAUGCUGAGGCAAGCUUCUUCGUCUGCCGAACGAGAAACUAGACCUCCUGGCGGUCUCUAUGGGGGCCUGUCGAGCUCGCCUUACAAACGUUACGGUGUCGGAAGCGGUCGUGGGUCGAGUACACCGCAGUCCGGAAACAGCAGCUUGACUGGCCCGAGUACCAGAUAUGGAAGAAGCUACCCCCGGGGCGGGGCGGCUGGUCUAGGGGUGACUGGGGGCCCUUCUGAAGAGCCUGAGGAAGAGCUCCUCUUCGACAUGUCUGAGCUCGGGCACGCCUUGAAUCGCCGAAGUAUCGAAGAAGGCAGAGGGGGUGGCAGUGUUGGGUCUGCCCCCGACCGUGGAGGUUAUGAUUCGUCUCGUGGAGCAAGUCGCCGGUGGUAG